CUGUUUAUAUGUGUAGGGUAGCCAACUGUAAACACACCCCCUUUAAGAGAAUUCAAGGAGUCAUGGGGUCAGACCCUCCUAAACUGUCCUCAUUAUGAGUUUCCACAUAUUCCAGAGCCGUGAAAAUCGCGACUGAUAAUCAGUGAUGCGCUGUGCUGCAUUGGCAGAACGUUCCGUUUAGAACGUUUUGACGAGUGCACGCUUUCCUCCAGUCAAAGAGAAGAAAGUCGAGAGAAAACAACUGUGAGAAGUUCCAGCGCUGUGGAGGAUCUGAUUCUGACAGCUGCAGGUUCACUCGCAUCACGCGCGCUCACCGCGAACUCUCGAGGAACUCCAGUCGGAACGCGCGAUGGUUUCUGCCGCGCAACCUCAACGCGUUUUGACUCCCAAAUAGAGAGGAAUCUGCGCGUGCUUUCUCAGAGGUCAACUCCAUGACGAGGAUAAAUCAACAGAUCUCAGCGGAGCUCGCGAUGUCGGCUGUGUUUGCCGUUCUGUGCGCGCUUUUGGCUCCGGUCGCAGCGGAUCCACACGCGGUGAACUGCAGCCAGGUGAAAGACGCGUUUACCGACCUGGGUUACAGUCCUGUACGUGUUCCCACCGAGGAAACAGCAGGAGAAGAUCUGCGGGUUUGCGCUCCUCAGAGAACCUGCUGUAAUGCAGAAAUGGAGGAGAACUUCAUCCAGAGAAGCUCACGGGACUUUGAGAAGCUCAUGGACGACACGAGCGAAGAGCUGAGGGACGCGUUUAUGACCGGACAUAAAAGGUUUGAUGAGUUCUUCUUGGAGUUGCUGGAGAACACCGAGCGCUCUCUGAACGAGAUGUUUCUGCGCACGUAUGGGAAGCCCUAUUUGCAGAACGCCGAGGUCUUCCAGGGCCUGUUCGCCGAGCUGAAGCGAUACUACACAGGAGGCAACGUCAAUCUGGAGGAGAUGCUGAACGAUUUCUGGAUGCGUCUGCUGGAGCGCAUGUUCCAGCUCCUGAAUUCCCAGUAUGUCAUCACCGAGGACUAUCUGGAAUGCAUCGGCAAGUACAUGGAGCAGCUUAAGCCCUUUGGAGACGUUCCCAAGAAGCUCAAGUCUCAGGUUACUCGAGCGUUCAUCGCUGCCCGCACCUUCGUCCAGGGCCUCGUGGUUGGACGGGAAGUGGCUAACAGGGUUUCUAAGGUCACCAUGAGCUCUGCGUGCGUCAGCGGCUUCACUAAAAUGCUCUACUGCUCGUACUGUCAGGGUUUGUUCACGCUGAAGCCCUGCAACAACUACUGUCUAAAUGUGAUGAAGGGCUGUCUGGCCAAUCAGGCCGAUCUGGACCCAGAAUGGAGCAAAUACAUCGAUGCCAUGCUGCUCUUGACGGAGCGUCUGGAGGGGCCUUUCAACAUCGCGUAUCGUGUUGGUGAUGGAGGAUGUGGAUGUUUGCAGGUUUUCCAAGGUUGUGGACAGCUGGAGCCUUCAGGAAUGAGCAGGUCGGCCCGCGGCGUCUCCGACACGUUCAGCGGCCGCUUCAGUCCCUACAACCCCGAGGAGCUUCCGACCGCCGCAGCCGCCUCUCGCCUCGACCGCCUGGUGACUGAUGUCAAGGAGAAGCUGAAGAAGUUCAGGAAGUUCUGGUCUUUACUUCCUGAGGCCUUCUGUCAGGAGGAGCAUGUGGCGGCUGCAGAAAGCACUGAGGAUGACUGCUGGAACGGACACGACAAGGGCAGAUACGUCCCUGAGGUUCUGAAAGAUGGCCUGACCAAUCAAGUGAAUAACCCGGAGGUGGGCGUGGACAUUUCCAGACCGGACACUCUGAUUCGACAGCAGAUCAUGGCUCUCAGGGUGAUGACCAACAAACUCAAGAAUGCAUACGAUGGCAAUGACAUCUACUUUCAGGACUCGAAUGACGAGAGCAGCGCUUCUGGCAGCGGCAGCGGCUGCACUGAGACGUGUGUCACUGAACCAGACUCCUUCAUCACUGACACUCCUGUUCAGGAAGCAGAGAAAACAGAUGAAACAUCUUCUGCUUCCAUCAUUCAGCCCAACCUGCUGCUGCUGGUCUUGACCGUGCUGGCCUUGAAAGAGCACUGGAGAUAGUGGCCGCUGAGCUCCACACAGACUGUUUGUGUUUUAUAUCAGACUGGACACCGAUCUCAGCCAUCUGAAGACUUUGAAGCCGGUCUUCCUGAUUCAAAGACCACCGAGCGACAGGUUUCUUCAAAAGGGCCGUGUAAGCAUUACACAUCUGAUAUAUGAAAGAUUCGUUAUGAAUUUUUUUAUUUUUUUUAUUACAUUUACAGUAUAGUAGAUUAAAGGAAUAGUUAACCUCAAAAAUGAAAAUUUGCUGAAAAUGUGCUCAUCCUCAAGCCAUCCAAG